AUGAAAAAGCUUAACUAUCAAAAGAAAGAAAGUUAAAAUUUACCCAUAAAUCCUGAAUACCCUAUUAUUAUUGUUCCAACAAAUAUAGAGCCAGCAUUAAUUGCUACUAAUUUGACAGAACAGUAUGCAGAAUUAUAAAAAAAGGAAGAAAUAAGAAAAAAAAGGGAAGAAAUUGCUAAAUAGCCCAACAAGUUUUAAAGAAAGGAUUUUGUUGUUUAGAAAAAAAAAAUAAGAGUAGCUCCAGUGAUAGAUAGAAGUAAAGUAAUUGAUGAAUGCGUAAAAUUAGAAAGAGGUAUCCAGUAACUUGAAAAAGAAAUACAAGAUUUAUAAAAGGGGGACUAGAAGUCUGAUGAUUUAAAAUAAAAAGAAAUAAAAGAAAUAAAAGAGCUUAGUUAAAUGAUACAAAGAUGGAAAGAAGCUAGUUAAGAAGGUAUUAUUGAGCUUCAUAAGCUAGUUUCUUAAUAAUAUCCAGAUAUGACUCUUAACCAAGUUGUUGAUAUGCUUAAAAUUGAUCCUCAUGUUGUAGGAUAUAAUCCUGUUGAUUAAGAUUUUACUAGUUGA